CGUUGGUGCGGCCGUUGCGGCCAUGGCGUCCAUCCUGGACGAGUACGAGGACUCCCUGCACCGCUCCGCCGCCGUGCAGCAGAGCCGCGCCGCCGUGGGCAUCCCGCACUCCGGGUAUGUGAAUGCACGGCUGGAGAAGGAAACACCGAUAUUUAACAAGCAAAGAAUUGAUUUUGCUCCUCCAGAGAAAAUUAACAGCUUAGUGGUCUCCUCUAACCAGCUCUGUAUGAGCCUUGGCAAAGACACCCUUCUCAGGAUUGAUCUUGGGAAGCCAGAUGAACCUAAUCAGGUAGAGUUGGGACGCAAAGAUGAAGCCAGAGUCUACAAGAUGUUUUUGGACCACACAGGCUCUCAUCUCCUGAUUGCUCUGAACACCAGUGAAUGCCUUUACCUGAACAGAAGUGUUCAGAAAGCACGGACACUCUCCCGCUGGAAAGGCCACUUGAUUGAAAGCGUGGGCUGGAACAAAUUUCUUGGUACAGAGACCAACACUGGGCCUAUCCUGGUGGGAACAGCCCAGGGGCAAAUCUAUGAAGCCGAAAUAUCUGUCAGUGAGGGAAGCCUCUUCAGCACUAAUCCUGACCAGUACUUCCGACAGGUCUAUACUCUGGAGGAGGAAUCAGGACCUGCACCAGUGUGCUGUUUGGAGAUUGAACGAGGAAUAGAAGGAAAAUUUUUUAUUAUCGCCACCACUCGAAAGAGGCUCUUCCAGUUUGUUGGCAAAGUGCCUGAAGGGACAGAGCAGCAAGGCUUCAGCUCCAUAUUUGCUAUGCAUGCUGACCAUUUGCCCAGCUUCCGGGAGUUUCCAGCCAGCUUUGGUUUCAGCGAGAUAGCCUUUUACACUCCAAAACUGCGUUCCAACCCACGCUCUUUUGCCUGGAUGAUGGGAAAUGGUGUUUUGUAUGGUAAUUUGGAUUACAGCCGUCCUGAUUCAAUUCUGAGUGAUGAACGGGUCUGGGUUUAUCCUUCUGAUAUUGACAUAACUGUGAACAAGCCAAUAUCCAUUGUACUUACCCAAUUUCACUUUCUGCUGCUGCUGCCUGACCGGGUAAAGGCUGUAUGCACUCUGAAUGAGCAGGUUGUUUUUCAAGAUCUGUUCCUGGAGAAGUUUGGCACGUUGACACGCAUGAUCAAGGAUCCCACCGUCCAGCAGAUAUGGAUCCACACGGAGAAAGUAGUGUUCCGCUAUCACGUCCAGCGGGAAUCUAGAGAUGUGUGGAAGAUGUAUAUGAAUAUGAACAAAUUUGAUUUAGCUAAAGAGUAUUGUAAAGACCGUCCGGAGUGCCUAGACAUUGUGUUGGCAAAAGAGGCAGAGCACUGCUUCCAAAACAAGAGGUAUCUAGACAGUGCCAAGUGUUAUGCGCUGACCCAGAACUACUUUGAGGAAAUUGCCCUUAAGUUCAUUGAAGCCAAGCAAGAAGAGGCCCUGAUGGAGUUUCUGAUUAAGAAGCUAAGUAGCUUGAAGCCUUCUGAGAAGACACAGACCACUCUUCUGACCACGUGGUUAACAGAGCUGUACCUGAACUGGCUAGGUAUAUUGGAAGGAGAUCCCUCACAGCGAAAUCUCUAUUUGGAUACGCGGGAGAAGUUUCGCACCUUCCUGAGCAGCCCGAAAAACAAAGACUGUCUGUUUAAUAACAGGGCAUCUAUUUAUGAACUGUUGGCGAGCCAUGGGGACACGGAGCACAUGGUCUACUUCGCAGUCAUCAUGCAGGACUAUGAGCGAGUAGUAGCUCACCACUGCCAGCAUGAUGAGUAUGAUGAAGCUCUAAACGUGCUGUCCAGGCACAGAGAUGAGAAGCUGUUCUACAAGUUCUCCCCGGUCCUCAUCCAGCAUAUUCCCAAGAAGGUAGUUGAUGCUUGGAUUUCUAUGGGCUCCAGGCUUGAUGCCAGGAACCUCAUUCCAGCCCUUGUUAACUACAGCCAGAGUGCCAGCACCCAGCAGAUCAAUGAAGCCAUUAGAUACAUGGAGUUCUGUGUCUAUCAGCUGGAGGAAACCCAGCAGGCUAUUCACAACUACUUGUUGUCUCUCUAUGCUUUGUGUCGGCCAGAUUCGCUCCUAUCGUACCUGGAGCAAGCAGGAACCAACCCAAACAGGAUCCACUAUGACCUGAAGUACGCGCUGCGCCUGUGUGCAGAGCAUGGGCACCACCAUGCGUGUGUUCAUAUUUACAAAGUGAUGGAAUUGUAUGAAGAAGCUGUGGAUCUUGCAUUACAGGUGGAUGUUGAUCUCGCCAAGUCCUGUGCAGAUCUCCCUGAAGAUGAUGAGGAACUCCGGAAGAAGCUCUGGUUGAAGAUUGCUCGCCAUGUUGUUCAAGAAGAGAAGGAUGUCAAGAAGGCAAUGGCUUGCCUCUCCAGCUGCGCCCUGCUGAAGAUUGAAGAUGUCCUGCCAUUCUUUCCAGACUUCGUCACUAUUGACCAUUUCAAGGAGGCAAUCUGUAACUCUCUGGAGGACUACAACAAGCACAUUGAGGAGUUGAAAAGGGAGAUGGAGGAAGCCACUCAGAGUGCCAAGAGAAUUCGAGAGGACAUCCAGGAAAUGAGAAAUAAGUAUGGCUCUGUUGAGCCUCAGGAAAAAUGUGCUGCUUGUGACUUUCCACUUUUAAACCGCCCGUUUUAUCUUUUCCUUUGUGGUCACAUGUUUCAUUAUGACUGUCUCCUUCAAGCAGUUUUUCCAAACCUUCCUGCCUAUAAGCAGGCAAAGCUUGAAGAUCUUCAAAAGAAGCUGGCAGCUACCAGUCAGCCUUCCAAGGGCCACCAUCGUCCCAAGGAUGCAGAUACUGCUAGCCUGGGGAAGGGGCAGCAGAGCCGGGAACAAAUCAAAGCUGACAUUGAUGAUAUUGUGGCAGCCGAAUGUGUGUACUGUGGAGAACUGAUGAUCCGGUCCAUUGACAAGCCCUUUAUUGAUCCCCAAAAGUACGAAGAGGAGAUGCAAAGCUGGCUGUAGUUCUCUUCCAAAACUGCAGCUGUCAGUACACUGGAGUGGUUUUGUUCACAACUUGGAACACUUCUGUGGUGGAAAUAUAACCUCCAGAAGGGGGGAGCAUGGUGGCUUCUGUGGAACUCUAAGGAAAGAGUAGUGGGGUCUUGUUAUCAGAAUUACAGUGAACUAGUCUUGAAAAAUGAGGAGAUGGAGCGAUGGCUAAGAGCUUGAAAAAUAAUUAAAAGCUAAUCUACUGGAUUCUUUUUAGCAGAUGUUUGCUACUUGCAGUUCUGAGGUUCCCAGUGUGAAGCUAACAGAGUGCCUUGUUGCCCAGAAGGAACUGGGGACAGUGUGUGGUUUCUCUCCUCUGUCACGUGGUAUCUGUUUUGGUGAAGACAACCUUAAAGGGAUGGUAGUGAGGAACACUAAGCAGUGUAGUCUUAUUCAUCACUUCCAGUGCUAGAACUGCCUUUGGUUUCCUUUUUGAUGAGUGCUAUGACCACAUAGACUGAGAGAACAUGAAAGGAGAAGUGCUCUUGCACAUAUAUUUUGUAAACAUCAUGCCACACAUGUAAUAUAAAGCUUUCCCCACGAGCUUUAUGGGUAAGUCCAUAUAUUUGGAUUUUCUCUAGGGACUCUUCAUUUUUUUUGGCAAUGCUUUCUAGCCUGUUUACCCUGCUGUCCCAUUUCUUCUGUAAUUGCCUUUGUCUAGUGGGUUUUGUUUUCAUCUCCACUCCAAACCAAAAUUGAUAUGUGCACUAGUAAGGUUUCAACUGAUACUCCAGACAACUAGGAACACUACCCUUUUGUAUUGCCCUCCUCUUCAAGCUGCACUUGAAUAGGGAUCUAGUCAUAGAUUCUCUCAAGGAUGGACUACAGAAAGCUCUAAUUGGUGACAAAUUUGCACUCCCAUUUGAAGCCAGUGCUGUGUAAUCAGCAAUUUUUUUUGCCUUCUUGACAGUAUCUGAUGCUUUUUGGGGAUGCCUGCAGGUCACUGCAGGUCUAUUGCUCUGACUUGGAAAAUUUUUCCCAGAAGGCAGUGAUCACUACAUUGUAGGUGAGGGAAAACCAACAAAAAUCUCUAGCAGUUUAGCCUGGGUUCCUUGUUUUAUUACUAAAGAAACUAAAAUUUUAGUGAAGUUCUACUGUUAGGGGAUGAAAGUGAUGACUUAAUUAAGGCAAGAGAAAACAAUUGUCCCCUGAAAAACACUCAUUAUGUCACAUACCUGUCUGUGCUUGUCUUGAGCACCUGUCUCAAUCUGCAAGUCACUUACUCUGUUCAUAGGAUGUAGAAAUUGGUCUUCACACCAUUAAAAGGGAAUAUCAGUUUCUUUCUUCAAGGAACAGACCUAAGAAUUUUGAUUACCAGUCUUAAGUCCAGAAGAACAUCCAUGCUUUUUUGGGAGCUUCAGCCUGUCAUGAAUUAAUCUCAUUUGUGUAAAGUGAGUAAUAAAAAGCAGAGCUGGCAGGAAGAUCUGAGGUUUUGAAAUCAUUUCACUGCUAGAGCUAUGGAAUAAGCAGUUUCAUUGUUACUGCCUCGUAGUGCUUGUUGCUGGCUUAUCAGAAACUGCUGUUUCAGUGGUUCCAUAAACCAGUGAUUCAGAAACCCCAUCCAUUAGUUUUCUUUGGCUCUGGGUAGCCUUUUACUUCUCAUAAAUUGAUGGCUGUUAUCAGAAGAAUUUGUGAUGGAACUAAAUGUGAUGUCUUUUGAAGUUCAGCAUUAAACCUGUUGUAAGUGGUCACUCCUGAAUCAUUGUCCUUUCAUGUAAGCAGUGUGAUAUUCAAGGUUGAUAUGCCAUUAUAAAGAAACAGCAGCCCUGUGCCCAAACCUUUUCCUGGUCAAAAGCAAGCAAGUGGCUGCUUUUCUGCCUUUUAACAGAAACAUGAGUAGCAGCUCAUCCUGAUGCAGUGAGUAACGCAAAGUUGUUUAUUUUCCUUGGGCCAUUCUUAAUGCUUGUUCCAUCUCUUUACUUUUUAGUGCUUAUAGCAUGCUUUCCUGGUAUGUUAGAAUUAGUAAUUCUCCAUUAUUUUCCUAUUAGUGCAACAGAAUGUCACAAUAUUAGAUAAACGUUUCUGUUUUACUCUGACAAGGAGAAAUAUUUGCUUACAGAACAUUCCAGAGAGAUUUGCUGGUCUGCAAUAUUGGAAGAAGUGUGUGUGGAAACUGGGGCAUAGCAAGUAAAUUAAAACACGUAAGUGUUUGCGUGAGAUAAAUUGAUAGGGGAAAGUACCUCAAAAAUCCACUGAUUUCAGUCUUGGGUAUUAAAAUGUCUCAGUUAACAAAACUGAAACUAGAUUGUUUAUUUUUAAUGAUCAGAAUAGAACUUUCUUGGUGGGCUCUGGGCUUGUAUAAUAGGUACAUAUACCACAAAUGUCAUGGUUCCUCACCAUUGUUGACAGAAAAUCUUUAGGUUAUUUGCUGCCGAGGCCAUGGCAAAUGUUACCACCUGCAAAGACUCCAGCAGUGAUUAAAUGACUGGUGUUGGUAGUGCAGGAAGGUACACAAAGAUGUCUUCUGAAUUUACCUUACAUUGUCGUGUUUCAGUAACUACUCACCUAUGUUUCUUGACAAUUUUGCAGUAUCACUCACCGAAAAAGGUAAGAGUGAGUAGGUUCUGGGCAGGUGAACAGAAGUGAAGUGUUUAAUGUUCUCCCUUAAGUCCAGUCUGCGAGAUCUCUUCCUCUGUACUUUCAGAACAGCAUUUUUCUUUUCUCUGUUGUUUGUUUGUUUGUUUUGUUUUGUUUUGUUUUGUUUUUCAAGUCCUUGGUAUAUAUUUUAAGUUGUGAAUGAACUAUGUACCAGUUGUUAGAAAUGUGGCCUUGGGACUUCUCUGUGGAAAUAACCUCUAGCAAUUAGUUUAAUGCAGGUAGAGAACAAAACCAAAAAGGUGGGUGGAAGCCCAAGCCCUCUUUAACCAGAAUAAAUAGCUGUAACUAGAUUUGUGCUGAAGAAAUAUAGUUGUGUGGGCAAGAUCUAAAGCAAACUUGGACCUGCUACCUCACCUCCGCUUCAAGCAAGUGACUGGGGAAAUGCUGCAAGCUGGGGGAGACAACAGUGAGCGUGCACUAUGGGAGUGUUUGUAGAGAAUUUCAGAUGCUCUUGCUGUUGGCCCAUUUAGCUGGAAGCAUGUAACUGAAACGCCGGGAGCUGUGCACGUUGUCUCAUUACUAAAAAUAAAUGACUGAGCUGGAAAAUCAGUAAGGCAAAUUCUUAACAAGCCACUAGGUGUCGGUGCUGUCCAUUUAAAUACUGAGGUUUGCUGCAGAGAAGCUGAAACUGCUCUGUAGCAGGAGAGAAAAUACUACAAAACAGGAACUGAAGCAGGUUCCCAGCCUCCUUUGUGGCAAGGAUGUGGAGACAGACCUGUAAGGUAGUUUUUGGAGGUAGAGAUGCUAAAGAGAAUUGUCUCUAAAUAAAAGGAAAUUUUAUUUCACAGAUCACUGUUUUUUCAGGUAUCAAAAGUUGGAUUUACUGUUU